AUGACAUUUAUUUCCGAACGGGAUCGGCUCGAAACUUUCAGAACUUGGCCACCAUUAGUAAACGUUUACCCAGUUCAACUUGUUCAAGCGGGAUUUCAUUAUACAGGAACUGAUGACGCUGUUGCAUGUUCGUUUUGUAAUGGUGCAAUAAGGAAUUGGAAGCACAGAAAAGAUCCUAUAUCAGAGCACCAAAAACUUUCACCGAAUUGUCUGUAUAUCCGGGAAUACCUUAAAAUAGAAAACAGUCCGAAAUCAGCUCCGAGGAUAAAUGUUAGCGAUGAUUCGAACUUAAGGAAUCCUGCUAAUUCUAAUGAGUCCAUACUAGUAAACCCAACACAGAUCCACGUAGCCUGUACCAGUCAAAAACGACCACUCUCACAAACAUUGAGCUCCAUACAAAGACCUUCAUCUCACAGUCAUAUUACUUCAACUCACAGCCACACAGCCCCAACCAUUCAAAACCCAUUUGUACAUUAUUACACCAAAGAGGAACAUCGUUUGAAAAGUUUCAUUGGAUGGAAUGGUCAAGUCGAUCCUAGACAAUUAGCCCAUGCUGGUUUAUAUUAUUUGGGUAACUCAGAUCGGGUUCAGUGUUUUUCAUGUCAGACUAUUUUUAGAGAUUGGGUAGCAGGGGACGACCCCUGGAUAGAACAUUCUAAAUGGUACCCGGAUUGUCCAUAUAUACAGUUAUGUCUGGGAAAAGAUGUUGUAAAAGAGAUCCACGAGCAUAUGAUGCGACGGAGGGAAAAUAGAACGCAUGGUGCAUUCGAUGAUGUUGUUGAAGGCUCGAAUCUAGUCUUCUAA